AAUGAAUGUCCUACUUAAAGGUAUCAAACAAUUAAGUCACCGUCCUUCAUUUUAUUAUUGGCUAAAUGCUCAUCCAACUACCAAAAGCAUAUCCUAAUUGACCCCAAGAUAAUUAUUAGAUACAGCCUUAAUUAAAAGAAUAUGUCAAAAACAAAUCCCAAAACAUACUAUAAUGAGUCAGUUUUGUCUAUGGCAUGGCAAAUAACCUAAAUCAGGAAAUUAGACUUGCUUUUCAGAAAAAAAGUGAGUAUAUCUAUUCAUAAAUAGAACUCGUCGAUCUUGGAUGCCUAAUGUUCAAAAAUAAACAUAUGAAUCCUUAAUAUUAGGUAGAAGAAUACAUGUUAAAGUUACUACAAAGACAAUGAAAUGUAUUAGAAAAGCUGGUAGUUUCGAUAAUUAUAUUUUAUUGA